AUGAAAAAGUGCUUAUACACAAAGUUCUUGUUUAACCGCUUCUCCUUCAAGGUGGUGCUGCUCGGGGAGGGCUGCGUGGGGAAAACCUCGCUGGUCCUGCGCUACUGCGAGAACAAGUUCAACGACAAGCACAUCACCACCCUGCAGGCAUCUUUUCUUACAAAGAAGCUAAAUAUUGGUGGGAAAAGAGUAAACCUUGCAAUAUGGGAUACAGCUGGUCAAGAAAGAUUUCAUGCAUUGGGGCCGAUAUACUACAGGGAUUCUAAUGGCGCUAUUCUAGUAUAUGAUAUAACAGAUGAAGACUCUUUUCAAAAGGUAAAAAACUGGGUUAAGGAAUUAAGAAAAAUGUUGGGAAAUGAAAUCUGUUUAUGUAUAGUAGGUAACAAAAUAGACUUGGAAAAAGAAAGACAUGUUUCAAUGCAAGAAGCAGAAACGUAUGCUGAAUCCGUUGGAGCAAAACAUUAUCAUACUUCAGCUAAACAGAACAAAGGAAUCGAGGAACUGUUUCUUGACCUUUGUAAAA